AUGAAUUUCGUAGAUUUUUCAGCAAAGAUAGUUUAUCAAAAACUUAAAAAUCUGAAACCUAGCACAUCAUUUGGACCAGACGGUAUACCAAAUAUACUUUUAAAACAUUUUACGUCAAACUCGUUACCAAAACAGUGGCUUCAAGCUACGGUUUCCCCUAUUUUCAAAAAAGGAUCUACUUCAGAUGCUAACAAUCAUAGACUUAUCUCUCUCAUAUGUACUAGCUGUCGUGUCAUGGAAAGUAUUGUUAGUUCAAGUAUCGCUGAUUAUCUUAAUACAAAUAAUCUAAUAACACCUAUACAACACGGCUUUUUAUCUAAAAGAUCUACGUGCACAAAUUUUCUAGAGUCAACUAAUGACUGGAAUAAAGCUUUAGACAGCAAUUUAAUUACUGACGUGGUAUACAUUGACUUUCAAAAAGCAUUUGACUCUGUACCUCAUCCAAAACUUCUGAAGAAACUUGCAAUGUACGGCAUAAUAGAUAAUCUGCUUCAUUGGAUAUCAGCAUUUCUUUCUAACAGAUAUCAAAGAGUUUUGGUUGGAAAUUCACUAUCUAAUCCAACCUGCAUCCUGAGUGGAGUUCCACAGGGUAGCGUCUUGGGUCCAACGUUAUUCUUGUUAUUUAUUAAUGAUCUACCCUCUAUAGUAAAAGAUCAUAAUUGCUCUCUAAUGUUAUAUGCUGACGAUAUCAAGUUAUAUAGCUCAUUUAAGGAUGCCGAUUACAGUCACGAUCUUGCUGUAGCCAUUUAUAAAGUUUAUCUCUGGUCAAAAAAAUCACAAUUAAAAAUAGCCAAUAAUAAGUGCUUUACUCAUAGAAUAGCACCUACUUCAUUUUGUAAAGAUAUAAAUUACAACGAUCAUAAUUUAAUUUGGUCUACAAACCCAAAAGAUCUUGGUGUGACCAUGGAUUUUAACUUAAAUUACAGUAAUCAUAUUUCAAAUAUCGUCCGUGCAUCAAACAUUCGAAGAUAUCUAAUCCUUAAGUGUUUUAAAAGUCGUGAUCCACGUGUUAUCGUUAAAGCCUACACUACUUAUAUAAGACCGAUCUUAGAAAAUUGCUCUCCGGUUUGGUCGCCAAAUCGCACUAAAAUGAACAAUACAGUGGAAAGAGUACAAAGACGUUUUACGAAGAGAAUUUUUAACCUAAAUAAUGUUUCAUAUUCAAGUAGAUUUAGUAUUCUUGGUUUGGAACUACUAGAAAUUCGUCGCCUUAAGCAAGACAUGAUUACAUGUUUACAAAAAGAUCAUUUGCAAAUUCCUCGAAUUGAAAUUUUUGAAAUUUUAAAAAACGAGUUAUCUUCAGAUCUAGAUGACCAGCUUGAUAUUUUGCAAUCACAGUUGUGUCUAAGAAGAAAAAUUUGUUUCCAAUUUUUAACAGAUGAUAAAAAGAAACUAAAAAAUGUAUUGACAAAACUAAAAAUAAAAUGGAAAAGUAGUAACCGAACAAAAAAAAUAUUUUUGAAGACACAUGACACUUGGUUAAAAGCCUCAACAAAUAUUUGUAUUGUUCAAGCACGAAACAAAGAGAAAAAAAGCCAUAGUGCAAUGAGCCGAAUUGAAUUGAAUUUUGAUGAAGCAAGUGAGCGAACGAAACGGCGAAAAACGCAGGAAAUGCGUUCGACAUUUAGUUCAUCCGAGUUAGCAUUUGCUUCUCAGAUGAGUCUUCGGGCUUCAGGAGCAUGCAAUGCCGGAGUUACAGUUAAAGAUUUACCUUCCACCAUUCAACACCUAGUCACAAAUUAUAUAGAUAGCCUUAAAUUGUCCCAAAUUUCACAAACAUCUGAACUAUGUGCUGAAACAGCUCUUUCCAUACUAAUGGAAGCAAAGCUUUCUAAACACCAAUAUUGCAUUAUAAGAAGUGCUGCAAUUGCGAAUAGCUCUUCUUUUUUACCAUCUUACGAAAAACUUAAAGAAGCCAAGAAAAUGUGUUACCCUGAAGAUAUAACGGUAACUGAAAUAAGCGCCGAAGUAAAACUGCAAUCUUUAUUAAAUCACACUUGUUUACGAAUUAUAAAAACUCAACAAGAUGUAAUUGACUCCUUGAAUGUAAAUAUUUUAUCAAAUUUUAUUUUAAUUCUUAAGUGGGGCUUUGAUGGCAGUUCCGGUCAUAGCGAAUAUAAACAGAGAUUUGCCGAUAGAAAAAACUCAGAUGCAAAUGUUUUUCUGACUUCACUUGUACCAUUAGAACUUUUGUGUACAAAUUCAGUUUUAGGUCAAGAUGUUAUUCUAUGGAAAAAUAGGACACCCUCAUCUACUCGAUUUUGCCGACCUAUCAGACUGCAAUUUCUUCACAAAAAUGUCCAUACAAGCAUUAAUGAAAAAGACUAUAUUGAAGAUAAAAUUAAAUCACUGGUUCCUCUCAUCAUUGUUCAACAUAAAAUAGAAAUUAAAAUACAUUAUAAAUUGGUUAUGACAAUGAUUGACGGAAAAGUUUGCAAUGCAAUAACAUUGACGAAAUCAACAAUGCGGUGUUAUUUGUGUUCUGCUACUUCGAGUCAAUUCAGUAAUAUCAAUCUCGUUAAAGAUAUAAAAGUUGACGAAUCAAAAUUGGAAUACGGUUUAUCAACGUUGCACGCAUGGAUUCGCUUUUUUGAAUGUUUUUUGCAUCUUGGGUAUAAACUUGGAAUAAAAAAAUGGCAAGCGUUCUGACAUGGAAAAAAGUAUAAUAUUACAAUACAAAUUGUUAAUCCAGAAUGCUUUUAAGCUGCAGCUAGGGUUAAUAGUUGAUCGACCGAAACCAGGAUGCGGUAAUACAAAUGACGGAAAUACAGCUCGAAGAUUUUUUAAAAACUCACAAGUGUCUGCUGAUAUUCUAGGAGUGGAUUUAGAACUAAUAAAUCGGUUUCAUGUAAUUUUACAGGUAUUAUCUAGUGGCUUUCCUAUAGACGCAGACAAACUUGAUAACUAUUCUACCAAAACUGCACUACUUUUUGUUGAAAAGUAUCCUUGGUACAAAAUGCCUACAACAGUACACAAAGUACUUAUUCAUGGAGCCUUAAUAACAAAAACAGCAAUACUACCCAUAGGACAACUAUCUGAGGAUGCACAGGAAUCGAGAAACAAAGACUUAAAAAAAUAUCGCGAAGAUUUCUCUAGGAAAAAUUCCAGAAAAAAUACAAUGCAUGACGUUUUUUGCAGACUUCUGGUUUCGUUAGAUCCUGCAAUAUCUUCACUUUUAAAAUCUCAUGCAAAAGUUAGCAGAUCUUUGUCUUCUCAAGCUUUACAAAUGUUAUUACCUCCGGAGAUUAACGAAAACUCUGAAACUCAUUCGUCUGUGAUUGAGUUUUUCAACAAUAUUUCAAUAAUAAAUGAUUCAGAAAUCAUUUAUUAUUG